AUGGAUGAUGAAUAUGACAUCUGGUAUAGGGACCCACGGUUGAUGGCACAUAACAUGCUAGCGAACCCUACCUACAAGAAUGAAAUUGAUUAUACACUGUUUCGUGAAUAUGAUGCUGCUAAUGACACACUCCAAUGGAAAGACUUUAUUUCCAGAGACUGGGCAUGGCAACAAGCUGACGAAAUAUCAAAGGAUCCAAACACGCAUGGGUCAGCAUUUGUUCCAAUCAUUCUUGGUAGCGACAAAACUACCAUUUCUGUGGGCACAGGUAACAAUGAAUAUUAUCCCCUGAAUGCCUAA